AGUAGUUACUUACCAUUAAUUAUUGUGUACUGUACUAAAAUACGAGCUACAUACAAAGCUAUCGCGUAAGUACUAACCUGCGCGCUUAUUGUUUAUCGCUGUUUAUUGCUUAUCACUGUUUUAUUUAAGUACACGGUUUUGUUAGACAGUACAAAUACAGUAUUAUAUCUACUGUAAAAAUUUCUGUUGUACGAGUACGAUCCCACCUAUGGACGACAGGAAGUAAAAAGGUAAGAGUGUUUCCAAGGAAUUGAGGAUGCAGCGGCUGCAUCUGUGGGUGUAGGAAGGCGCAAGCAUAAUUUACUGCCAGAUCACGCAUUGUUCGGUACGUAAGAUCUUAUACGGUUUUAGGAAUGUAUUGGCUAAUUUGUUUGUCCCUGAUUUAUUUUUUAUGUGUCACAACAAAGGAAACGAACAGGAAUAGCAAUAAAUUUUAUAUUAGAAAUCAUUAUUAACUGAUAUUUUCUUGCAGCUUAUCGCAUUAACACAUCAUUCUUGUGCCGUGUGCGCCUUAUACAAACGUGUUUUUAGGUGCCUCCUGUUGUUAAUACACUAUUGUUUACAGUGAAAUACCGAUUUAUUUAUUGUUAGUUCCCAAAAGAAGUACUGUACAUUGGCGAUCAUGAUGCAGCGGGUGUCGCCCGUGCAGAAAAAUUUCGGAUUAGCAGACGAUGAGCUAAUUCGCCACUUGAUGUUGCAGUCUGGUGUGUACAAGCCGUUAUCCCGCGACGAUGUACGGCUUGAUACGGAUAAUCUUGACAGUUCCCAGGUUGACAAUCAAACAGUUACGGACAACCAAACAAAUCCUGAAUUCCACAUUAAUCAACAGUUCAAGGAAGCACUCUCGCUAUAUGAAAGUAAAGAUUUUGAGAACGCCUAUCAUCUGUUUGAGGAACUGGCCGAUAAAGGGCUUAUUCCAGGCCUGUAUUAUCAGGCAAUUAUGAUUUAUGACGGAAAAGGUGCAGAGGAAAAUGCCGCAGUUGGCUUUGCAUUAAUGCAAAAGGUUUACGAAAUGUCUUUAAUCAGUCCCGUGGACGUUGAGUUUCGACAUUUGGCUUGCUACCAUUUGGGAAACGCGUGUGCACAAGGUUAUGGAACAAGCAGAAGCGAAGAGCUGGCGGUGUCAUGGUGGCAGAGAGCAGCAAAUGAAAUACUCUUUGAUCCACACAAAAAUGUUGAGAAGCAAGUGGUGACCGAUGCUGGAGUACUUUGUCAGACCGCAAUGGGAUCCUAUUACAGCCGGUGCAGUAAGCCGGAAGGAGCAGAUUACACGAAAGCCUUUUACUGGCACUCAGAAGCUGCUCGAAACGGCAACAUCAGUUCAGUAGCGCAGAUGGGAAUGUUUUAUCUGUAUGGACUGGGCUGUCAGAAAAGCUCCGCUUUGGCCCACGAACACCUUCUUCUGGCGGGGACGCGCAACAACAUCUGCGCUAUAGGUCACAUUGCUCUGUAUUAUUUGGAAAACAACAUGGCGGAGUCGGCAUACUCAUGGGCCGUCCGGGCGGCCGAUAUUGUAGGCAAUCUUAAAGGCUUAGAUGCGGGAAAGGUGGAUACAAUUAUCAGACAGGUAACAUCAUCCAGUGCCAACCGUGGAGACGAGGAGGAUACGAAAAGGUCACUAGCCAUGUCGCUGUUUAUUUUGGGUUAUUUGUACGAGACUGGAAGAGAUUGUGUUGCCAGAGGAAGAUACACAGCAGCAGAUUACUACAGUGCUGCGAGUAAAAUUGAUUUGGACGCAGUUUUGUUUCUGGGAAACCGAUUGAAACUUGGAAGAUCGGCUUGAAAGUCUUUUAAAAAAGGUUUUCGUCUGCAUGCAAGUCAGAAUAUUUACGUUGCAAAAAAUAUUGUACAUCUCUGAAGCUUUCAUGAACUGCUAAAAAACUGAUGGCACGUAUGAGUAAUUUGACAGUUGCUGUUUUCAUAAUUUAGCUAGCAUGGGAAAAUCAUUGUUUUACAGUUCAACUAUGCGUUUUUUAGUACACGAAACAACAACGUUAACAGUACCUCGGAGU